GUUGUCAAGAAACAUCAAAAGCCACAACAUGCUGGAGCAGUUGAAGGCUAAGUCGACGCAGGCGGCGGCGCUGGCGCUGGACACUGCGGGCUCGCUCAAAGAUGUGGCGCAGAAGUCCAACAUCGCCAGCUCCCUCAAGGAUGCCACGCAGAAAGGAUCGGCGGCGUUGCAGGCGAAGGCGGGAGCGCUCAACAUCAAAGUUCCGGCAGUAGUCAAGCCGUCGGGAUCAUCGUCGUCGCUGGCCAGCACUGCAGACACAGCAAAUGACAGCGAUCUGGAAAGUGGCAAAUCUCCAUCGAAUGCCAACCAGGAGAAGGAGGGGCUGCUGAACGAACUGGGUCAGGAGUGUGGGCUCACAAAGCGCCAGCGGCUCUAUGGUGCCAUCGGAUGCUACUUGUUUGGCUCACUCUGUGGCUUCCUGUCCACGCUCAUGAUGUGGGGCGGCCCCAAACAUCUUAAGCAGUUCGCCUUCUUUUACACACUGGGAACUCUUUGCAGCAUUGGCAGCUCGCUGUUUCUGAUCGGCCCCAUGCGGCAGCUCAAGGUCAUGUGUAUGCCCGUUCGACGCGUUGCUUGCUGCAUCUGGAUCGGCGCCAUGUUCACGACGCUUAUUAUAGCAUUUGGCUUUCCCAAGGCCGGACCACUCGUGCUGUUGCUCGUGAUCAUCCAGUACUCCGCGAUGCUCUGGUACGGUGCCUCGUUCAUUCCGUACGGCCGAGCGAUUCUAAGGAAGGGAUGCACCAAAGCGGCCAGCUACGUCACCAGCUAGGUCUUCAGCUGAUACCUCUCCGAGGCUUAUUUUAUAUAAUGGCAUCGUUGCAUGCAGCGAAAGAUAUUCGUCACCGAUAGAUGCUUUUAUUUGUUUGUGGAUACCGCCGUAAGGAUAUCUUCUAUGCCAGCUGAUUAAUACUUGUUUGCAUAUUCCUCUCCAACUUACCCAAACAUAAUGCACACGACCUG